GGUCCGGAGAGGAAAAAAGCUGCUGGCUCUGCUUUGACUGGAAGGGUUUCUCCGGGAAGAGUGUCAUUCACAUCCCAGCGCUCCUACGGUUACUUCCAAAGCAGACUUCUUCCCUGUAGACUGGACUUUGUCCAAAGAUUUGGAACAUAGGGAAGAGAGAGAGAGAGAGUUAGCCUGCUUGUGUGUUUGAGAGAAAGAGUUUGAGAGUUUGAGAGAAAGAGUUUGAGAGUUUGAGAGAAAGACAGGAGAGAAGUGUACGGGACCACAGAAGGACAGGGCAGACAGAGAAGUGUACGGGACCACAGAAGGACAGGGCAGACAGAGAAGUGUGUGAGUCAGGGGACAGAAAGCAACAAAUACUGAACUGACACCCAAGGGGUUCGAGUGAAGUAGAAAAAAACAAUUGAGAAAGCAUCUCUUUCCGGCGUCUAAUUCCUUUGAAUACACAGUCCUUUGGCUUAUUUUCAGGUCUUCAUCCAGAAAACAAUCCAGAAAGUCAUGGAAGUGGAAACAUCCAGCCUGCACUUGGAGCUGCAGGAGCAGCAGCAGACCCUCACCGAGAUCUCCGACGACGAAGUCAACCUGCCACCGUCGGAUGACGAAGACUUUGGAGCCGCCAAGGAACGUUCGUCGGUGGCGCUCGCCGUGUCCGAGGGCGACCAGGAGGAAAAGGAAGAGGAUAAAGUGGGCGCCCAGGUGAACGGCGUUAUGGUCCUGGCUCUGUUGGACAAGAUCAUCGGGGCGGUGGACCAGAUCCAACAGACGCAGAGUGGCCUGGAGGCUCGGCAGCAGGACAUGGAGCGGUCAGUGACGGGGAUCCAGGGCGAGCUCACCAAACUGUCCAAGAGCCACAGCACCACGUCCAACUCAGUCAACAAGAUGCUGGAGAAGGUGCGCAAGGUGAGCGUCAAUGUGAAGACAGUGCGUGCCAACCUGGAGAAGCAAGGGGGUCAGAUCAAGAGGCUGGAGAGCAACGAGAACGAGCUGCUGAAGAGGCGCAACUUCAAAGUCAUGAUCUACCAGGACGAGGUGAAGAUUCCCUCUAAACUGACCGUGUCAAAGUCCAUGAAGCUCUCAGAGCUUGUGGAGGGAGGACGAGGCAGCGUGCUGGACCUGAAAGAAGGAGCCGAGGAGAACGGAGAGGAGGGAGAAGAGAAGCCCCACUUGGACCUCUCCUCUGACGAGGAGGAGCUGGAGAUCGAGGACGUCAUCGAGGAGUCGCGCGCCGAGCGCAUCAAGCGUAGCAGCCUCCAGCGCGUACAAAACAUCAAAAGUGCCUUCUCAAAGGAGAAGAUGGGCUUGACCAAGGAGAAGAUGACCAAGACCAGGGAAAAGAUGGGCUUGACUAAGGAGAAGAUGACCUUGACCAAGGAGAAGAUGGGCUUCAACAGGCAGAAAACCAAUAAGGAGAACGUGGAGAAAAUCCCGAAGCCAAACGCCAAAGAGAAUUUCGACAAGACCAAACAACACGCCAAAGAGAAUUUCGACAAGACCAAAAAAAACGCCAAAGAGAACUUCGACAAGACCAAGCAGAAGACCAAGGAGAACCUGGAGAAGACGCGCCACAACAUCGAGAAGAAGAUGGGCAAGCUGGGCACGCGCAUGAGUGUCAACCCGGAGCAGAAGGAGAAGAUGAAGGUGUCGCGGCAGAAGGUGAUGAAAUCCUUUACCCCCGACCACACCGUCUACGCCCGCGACAAGACCGCCAUCUACAAGGUGCCUCCCUUCACCUUCCACGUCAAGAAGUUCCGCGAGGGGGCCAUGGAGCCCGUGGAAGUCCAGGGGACGGAGAUGGUGGAGGUAUCCCAGGACCUGAACCCUUUUCAGGGACUGGAGGAUGACUGCCACGAGGGGCGUGUGGAUCUGGACGUGGACAUGGAUAUGAUGAAUGGAGGAGGAGAGGAGGAAGGGAUGGAGGAUGAAGAGGAAGAGGAAGAGGACGAGGAGGACAGCCAUUCCCUGCAGGAGAUGCACGAGGACUCGGAGCAUGUGCUGGUGGAGCGGGAUAGGGACAGCGACUAGGUGAGGAAGUGGAGGAAGAGGAGGAAGAGGUGGAAGGUGAACGAGACAACUUGCCUAAUACCAAAACUGCCCACUAGAACCAAACCCCCUGAGUGCCUUGUGUAGAUCUAAAAAGGACUGGAUAGGUAGAAGCAAUGCGGUAAUAGCUACCUGUUGUCUUCUGCUGUAUUUCUUGCACCUGUCCAAUCCACUUUACAAAAGUGUUUAAGGGGGAGGGGCUAGGGAUUGAUUUUGGGAUUGGGUGCUAGAGAGGCCAUGAAGAGAAGAAGAAAAGGAAGAAGAAUGAGACAACAAACAACAACAUGGGGUUGGAAGAGAAAGAAAGGGAGAGAAUGGGGUGGUAAGGAACACAGCAUAAAGUUUCUAUGCCGUGAACAAAUUAUUACUCAGAAGGGGUGUGGCCAUAUCCCUUGGGAGCGAACAGUAUAAUAUUCCAUCAACUUCCAGAAUCAUGUUUAAGUUGAAAUGCUAACGUCACUCACAAAAGCUGUGAAUGGAAGUUAGUAAAGUGCUAAUUUAGUUGCCACCUGUAUGUUAGAUAUUUCAGUAACUCUUUAGUAACAGUCAACAAAAAAAAAGGAGAAGCCUUAAAUGAUGGGAAAGUGUAGCCACUUUGGUUUUGAAAUGAUUUGU